CCCCCUUCCCAGAACUCGAUACCAGAUGCCCCACCGUCCAGGGACUUGUCCUGUCCGUCCCGAGUGGAAUUGCGUCAGUGCUUACCACGCGCACUGUUUGCAGAUUCUGCAAUUGUUGCUGCGACCAAAGCUCUACGCACAGGUUCCACUCGUAAAUCGGGUGGGAUCUCUUCGCCCGAUCCGUCCGAGCGAACUACAGUGAAACAGGCGGACUCGCACAAACAUGAUUCGCAACAGCCAAACGUACAGUUGGUUCUGAUUACUUGUCCACGAUCGCGACGCAAAAAUCACACUCCGGCAAAACUUGUGUCUACUCAGCGCGGCUCACGAAAAACGCCCAAAUCAAGGAAUCCCUCUGGGGGUGAAGGGCAUCGACACUCGUCUCGGCAUUCGAAACGAAAUACGGACACGAACAGUACCCAUGGUUCUUUGUCCAUGUCCCAACCUGCAGUUCCCCUCGACAUGUCAGACUAUUUUUCAAGAACCAACACGUCACUCUCGUCUAAAAGCACAGUUGAUAAGCGCCGGCAUCGACGAUCAGUGCACGAGACCCCAGAUCCGGAAAAAUCUUAUCCACGUUGGGAGAGAGCGAAGCUGGCUGCGGCGGAAAAAACCAAAGGCCGAGUGAGUUGCCCCGGUCGCCAGCAGUUUCUAAAAUUCAUUUGA